GGCACCGAAGCUGUUUCUGAGGGGGAGGAAGCAGAUACUUGUGCAACCUGCGGGAGCACCCGGCGUUCCUGCGGAGCGGUUGUGCCCGAGCAGAGCUCCAGUUUGGAAAUUGAUUGAAGACUCUCCAUAAGAUUUGCUAUGGCAUCAGAGCCGUCAUCUCCCUCAGCAGAGGAGCAGGCUUCCUCAGAAAUAGAUGAUCUCUACCUAUCACUGCAAGUGCAGAGAGAGUGUACCCAGAAGAAAACCUUCACUAGCUGGAUAAAUUCAAUAUUGGCAAAGCACACGCCUCCUUCUGUUAUCUCAGACCUGUACACAGACAUACAGCAAGGACAUUUGCUUUUGGAUCUGUUGGAAGUGCUUUCAGGUCAACAUCUGCCACGGGAAAAAGGAUUUAAUACCUUCCAGUGCAGAAGCAACAUAGAAAAUGCUUUGACAUUUUUAAAGAGCAGAUCACUCAAGCUCAUAAAUAUUCAUGUUGCUGACAUUAUUGAAGGAAAACCUUCCAUUGUGCUUGGCCUAAUUUGGACAAUUAUAUUUCAUUUUCAUAUUGAAGAACUUGCUGGGGCACUUGCUUGUACUUACAAUCAGCCGUCUCUUGAUUGUUCAAGUGCUGUUGACUCCUCUCCAAAGGCAAGCAGAUCAGCUAAAAAAAGUGCUAAAAUUAAGGAACGGUGGAAGAUCUCUGCUACAAAGGCCCUUUUGUUGUGGGCAAAAGAACAGUGUUCACUGCAUGGUUCUAUCAGUGUGACUGAUUUCAAGUCAAGCUGGCGAAGUGGACUGCCUUUUUUAGCCAUCAUCCAUGCCUUAAGACCAGGUCUAGUUGAUAUGGAGAAAGCAAAAACUAGAACCAAUAAAGAAAAUCUGAAGGAGGCUUUCAGAAUUGCAGAACUUGAGUUGAAUAUUCCACGACUUCUUGAACCUGAAGAUGUUGACAUUAUGAAUCCAGAUGAAAAAUCAAUCAUGACUUACGUGGCUCAGUUUUUGCAAUACUCCAGGAAUUUACCUGUGUCCGAAGAAGACAUGCAGGGAAAAGUAAGAGAGGCUGUAACCUGGUUGGCCGCACAAGGAAAGAAGUUAGAAAAGUUGCUAAUUGACACAGAGUGUGAAGCAUAUUACCAAAAAUACAAAGAAAUGAUGUCAUUUAUGGAAGCAUUUAACCAAGAAAAAAAAGCCUUUCUGCCCGUGUUGUCAUCAAAAGCAAGUGUAGCAAAGCUAAGCGAAGACCAGCAGCAAGUGAGAGAAGAGUGGCAUAAACUGAUCUCUCAGAUUAAUGAAUGGAAAACAAAGCUGGACCAGAUGUUGCCCCCUCCUCUGGAUGGUAUUGAGGCCUGGCUUCAGGAAGUUGAACAUCUGCAGGCAGAAGAUUUGCCUGAUUUGCAGGACCCCUUUAAAGCAAUGUCUCUCUUCAGAGAAAUAAUUGUAGUAUUUAAGGGCUUGAUGGAUUGUUUUGAUUCUCACUUGGACACCCUUCAAUCCUUUAAGAAUGAAGAUGAGAAGAAUAUGCCACUAGUAUUGCCUGAGAAGCUGGAGGAAAUGAAAAGAAGAUUCAGUAAUAUUCGGUUCACAAACUCCAACACCUUUCUUGAAUACCACUGUGGACUGUGCUCAGCUAUUGCCAAUGAGGUGAUGUUAAAGCUAAAUAUCUGGAAUAUGAAAUAUGGAACAAAAGAGUCUGUGGAAUCACUGCUGGAAGACUGGAAUAAUUUCAUUGAAGAAAAGAGACUUGAAAAACAGCUAGAAACUGCUAGUCACAUCUGUGAAGAUUUAAAAAACAAAAACAUCAGCAGUCCUGACUUGGCUGGUGAUCCUCAAGAAAUUAAAAAACUUUUUAAGACAGUGGAGUCGAAGAUUUCCAUGUGCAGAGACUAUAUUUCCAAUGUAAAUAAUACCCUACAGAAAGUUCUGUCUUCCUGGAGUAAUUAUACAGAAAACAUGUGCUUACUGAAGACGUGGCUGGAAGAAAAACGGAAUGAGCAUCCGAAAGAGAUCCCUGCUGACGUUCUGACAAACUGGAAUUCAGUGCAUGGCUCCUUAAACGAAGCUGGAAAUUAUCUCAUUGAAGUGAGCAAAGAGCAAGUUGGAUCAAAUAUUGCCAAAGAGCUGAAGAAACUGAACAGGAGAUGGGCUAAGUUCAUCAAGAGGACGCAGUUUGAGAUGAGGUUACUGAAAAUGCAAGAAGAUCAAAUGAAACAAGUUCACAAGAGUGAGGGAAAUCUGGAGUCUCCUAUAAAAGCCCUUAGUGAUCUGGCAGACAUUUCAAGAGAAGCUUUUAGGAGUCAUAUUCAGAAAGAAGAGCUCGUUGAAGACAGCGCAGAUGCCGCUGAAAAGGCCAGGGGAUUCCCAGAGAGUGCAGAGAGAAUCGAGGCACUCCUCAAAGGGGUGGAUGGCUGGGCAGCCGAACUUGAACACCUCCUUGGCCAGAUCCGUCAUGAGGGAUGUGCGAAACCUGAGACGCAGGAGUAUCUGCAGAGCUUGGCUGCAAGAGGAACCUCAUGCCAGGAGCAAGUUGUGGCAGCAGAAGAGAUCUUGCAAUCCCUGAUGCAAAACGCUUCAGGUCAGGUGUCCCAACAACAUUUUCAUACCGCUGGGCUGCAGGCACGAAUUAAACAAGCCAAAGACAAAAUUGAGGCUGCCAUGGGUGACGUAGGUGAUGUCUUGCCCAAGUCUGAGAAGAGACUCUCAGAAAAGGAGGUUUUGCUCAAUUUUGAAGAAUCUCAGAAAGACCUUGAAGCCUCCAUUUCAAAGGCGGUGAAACUUGUCAGUCAAAAAUUAAGCCCUGAAGAAAAUAUUUCAAAAUACGAGGAAGCUUUUAAUGCUUUGGACAGUAAAGUUCUUGACAAAUUUUUGAAAGCAGCUGAACAACUGAAAAAUAUUUCAUCUGAUCAUGAAAAGCUGGUAGUGGAGGAAAAGAGUAAAGAUGUUUGUAAAAGAUGGGAGGCAGUUCAUCAUGAAAUUAUGUCCUGUAUCCAGCUCAUAGUAGAAAGGGGAAAAAAGAAAUUUAAUGCAACUUUUAAGAAAAUCAAUAAGCAAUUAGGUAAAGAGAAGAAACUCCUCAGCAUGGAUAAAACUAAAGGGCUCAUCCAGGAACAUGAGACCUUUUUUUCACACGAAGGCAGCCUGAAGGAACUUAAAAAGUCAUUAGAAGAUCUUAAAACAUUGGCAAGACUGGCAGAAGAAACUCUCCCAGAUGUACAAACACUGGUUACGGAGUGUGAACAAAAGCUAGAAAAGCUUCAACCCACUGUGGCAGAUACUUACGCAGCCUUGCUGUCUCAUGCUGGAAAAGAGCAGCCGUCCAAGAAAGAGGGUUCCAUUGUUGCUUCUGAGAAUGGAGAAAAUCCAGGUUCUUCUCAACAAAUGGAUAUCUUUUCAGCACAGGAGACAUCAAGACCUGGUUCAGAUAUAGUUUGGGAAACAGACGUAACACAUCAGAAUGGAGAAAGCUGCCCAAAGAAAUUUGAGGAAGACAGUGAUUUGCCCUUACCAGCUUUAUUAGACAGCUAUAACACACAAAGAGGUAACUUGGAGGAACUUUUACAAAUCAGCAGAGAUAAAGUAGCAUCUGGCUUUACUGAUGAAAUAAAAGGAACUUCAUGCCUUCAGAAUAAGCUGCUUGAACUACAGAUCAUAGAGAACGAAAUCAGUUCUGGCUGGACACAACUGGAAAACAUCGCAUCUACCUUAGAAAACCUCUUGGAUGAAAUGGAACUGGCUACUAUCUCUGAAACACAAAGCAAGCUGAAAGGAGAGUGGAAAGAGCUUCAGGAUAUUAUAAGUGCCAGAACGAACUCUUUAAGGACUGCUUUGGAAAUUGUUUUGCCAAUAGAAAAUGAAUCUAUUCUUCUAUGUGAAUUAGAUCAGCGGCUGAACAGAAAGGACGUCCAACAGUUUAAUCUGAUGAAUAGUGAUCUUGCAUAUAGGGAGCUGAAGGAGCUCCAGAGAUCCAUAUUAAAUCAGAUUGAAGUGUGCAAACAACUGGAACACUUGGACAAUUCAGCAAUAGAUGAAUUUAAUCCAAUAGAUCUGCAAGCAGCAAGUAAAAUUAUGGUUUAUUAUCAAAAUCAGCUUGAAGAAAUGAGCCAUAAGAUGCAGGUUCGAGAAACAGUCUUAAAAGAUCUGGAAGCUUUUAUGGCCUCAUUGAGGAAGAUUCAGUUUUCCAUUAAACAUGUAGAUCCCUCAGGUCAACUGGAAACACAAAGAAAGGCAUUGAGGGAGGCUGUGCAAGAAGUUUCUCAUAUGGCAGAAGAGGCUAAAUGUUUGGAUGAACGCUUGGAAAGAGUUGAUAUCUGCUUGGAAGAUGCUGAAUGCGGGAGAAAGACUUGCUGUGAAAAACUUGUUCUGACUUUAUCUGAAGAGCUGAAUGAGGCUCAUGAUCACUCAAGUGAACAGAUGCUUAUGGAGGAAAAUGACUUAUACAAGAUUUUUUCCACAAAAAAUAGUGAACUCCUUAAAAACAUUCAGGAUCUACAUGACAGGGUUAACAGAAUAGGCUUGAAGGAUCCAACAAUUCCAGCUAUUCAACAAAGAAUAAAAUCAUUAACGGAAUUGGAAAAGGAAUUGGAUUGUGCUGCUGUUGAAAUGAAAGCUAUGCGAGAAAUUGCUAAUAAGCUCCCACACAUCAAAAAGGAAAAAGCAGAGGAAGCAAACGAACAGUGCAGAGUUACAGAGAGGUUAUGGGAGGAUACAAAACUGUUGCUUGCUGAAUGCCAGGAGCAGUGUGCAAGGGCUCUGGAGCUCCUGAAGCAAUACCAAAGCUGCAAAAGUAGUCUGACCAGCAUCAUCCAGAAGCAAGAGAUUGUACUUUCACAGCAAAUUUCUUACAUGGGGAAGGAGAAUUUGAACAGGAUGAUAACAAAGAUUGAAGAGGCGAAAGAGGAAUUUAAUGAUCACUCUGAAGAUGUAGACAGGAUAAAUCAGAUCUGCAAAAACCUUCAGUUCCAGCUCAAUAAAAUGAGAAGCUUUGAGGAACCUCCAUUUGAGAAUGAGGCUAACAUUAUUGUGGACAGAUGGCUGGAUAUCAACGAAAAGACUGAAAACUACUGUGAUAAUUUGGGAAGAGCCCAGGCUUUAUGGGACAAACUUCUUAGUUUAUCCAACACAAUCGAUGCAUGGGCAAAUGCAGAACUUAAGAACAUAGAAGACCAUUGCCUGACCGAAGAGGACCUUACACAGCUGAAGGCAUGUUUACGAGUCCAAGAGCAGAAACUCCAGAAAUUUGACAACACUGUGCUUGAGAUAGAGGAACUUCUGAAUAGUAAUGAACCACCGCUGGAGCUGCAGGUCAUCAGAUCAUCCGUUGUGCAUAAAAUGGAGCUAAUAAAAGAGCUCUUGUCAACGAAGCAGGGGACCAGUGAACUUGCUGUGAAUACGGCAGAGCUAAAAGGAGACCUUGAUUUGGCCAAGACACAGAUUGGGAUGACUGAAUCACUGUUAAAAGCUUUAUCUCCCUCUGACACAUUAGAGAUCUUCACUAAAUUAGAGGAGAUACAUCAGAAAAUUCUGCAGCAAAAACACCAUGUGACGUUACUCCAAGAAGAGACGGAUUGUCCUGAUGUGGAUGAAUUAAAUAAGCAGCUUAAAUGUGUCACUGAUUUGUUUAAUAAGAAGAAACAUGUUUUUCAAGAUCACUUUAUUGGUGUUUUGAACCGUCAGUGCAAGAAUUUUAAUGACUGGUUCAGCAGCACUCAGCUGUCUUUGAAGGACUGCUUUGACCCCCCAGAAACAAAACAGGUGCUGGAAGAAAAAUUGCAGAGGCUAAAGCACUUCUUAACUUCUGAAGGCAAAGACAGAGAUAUCCAAGAGGUUAAAACUUUAUUGAAUAAAGUGAAGCAUUACUUGCCCAAAGCAAACAUUAACCACCUUAACAGCCGUGUGAGAGAUCAAGAAGCAGAACUGCAAAGACUGAUCUCUAAAUGUCAGAAACGGGAAAAGGAACUCGAUGUUUCUCUCCAACAGCUCAGCAGCCUUCAAGAAAGCAGUACUGGCUUGGAAGAAUGGCUUGCCUCUCAGGAAGAAAAGCUGCAAGAGUUUCAAAAAGAUGAGACAAAACUUGAAAACCUCUGUCAAACGUUGUUAAUGCAGAGGGAAUUGUUUGAGUCCAUGGCUCAGCUAGCAGAUUCCUUGAGGGAGACUGGGUUGACGGCAAACGAAACUGUUUCUGAAGCCACUAAUCUUAUUGGUAGAUAUCAGACACUGAUGACACAUGCAAGUGAAAUGGCUGGAGAUACUCAGAGACAUCUAGUGGAAGGACAAAAUUUUGAAGAACUUGCCCAGGAUAUUUCUUGCUGGAUCAAAAGGCUUGAGGAGGCUGUUAGUAACCUGAAAUCACAGGAAAGUGAGCUGCCAUCAGAAGAAAGGAUUAAUCUGAUAAAGGAAAUCACAGCUCUCAAAGAUGGAGGAGAAACCAAAAUACAGAACGUAGUAGCUCUAGGAAAAGCUUUAAUAAGAAAUGAGAAAAUUGAGAAGCCAGUUGUUGAGCAGACUGUUUCUGAACUCCAGAAUCAGUGGGAAAAUGCCCUUCAGUUAGCCACACAAUAUAUAAGCCCUCUAGAGCAACUUCAGCUCAAUAGGGAGCAAUAUGAGCAAAGCAAAGAAGACCUGAGACUGGCUCUGACUGAACUGAAGAAACAGCAACAGGAGUUAGGUUUUGCCCUCCAGCCUGGUUUGCAGGAGAAACAAGCUCAGUUGACAAAGUAUGCCCAACUCCUGCAGAAAGUGGAAGACUUAAAUUCCCUUUUUAAUGAAUUGAAAAGCCAAGAUCACCUACAGGGUCACACUGUGGAUCCCUGCUUCACAGCGGAGUCAUGGUUGGAAUUAAAGCACCAGCAUGAAAAUCUGCUCAGUCAGCUACAGAACAUAGUGCAGACUUUGGAAAGCCAUGUUCAAGAGCACCAUCUGUUUCAGGAUAUGGUAAAAAGCUUGAGCACUGAGCUAAAAACUGUCUCUGAGAAUUUUGCUGAUUAUGGAGGUCCAGCAAUGGAACAACCAUCAGCUGAGAAAAAACAGUUGAAAUCACAGGAACAACAAGCACCUCUUAGUCAAUGUGAAGACACAUUAAAGAAGAUUUUGGUUUUAGCAGAAACUGUUAAGCAAAACACUUCUUCAGCAGGACAGAAGUUUAUUAAGGAUGAGAUUGAAACACUUCAGAGUGAAUAUAGGACUCUGGAAAAAAGGCUUGAAAAUGUCAAGCAAAAGAAUGAAAAUAUUUUCAGUGAAGCCCUUGAAUUAAAAGAUGUAUUUACUGAUGAAAUACAUGAGAAAGAUAAGGCAGACACAAAGAGAGAGAUGCAGGUCACUUCUGCUAUCCCUAUUGCUGUAGAAGAGAGCCCCAAAGCAGCAGAGUUAAAGGAGUGCUUGGAAAUGCAUAAUGAUCAGGAUGUAAAUGGGAAUGUGUCAGAGAAGGAGAAGCAAAAUGAUACACUUCUGGAGGAAAGUAGCGUAUUGCCAGACAGCGCCUUUCAGGUUAUCUGUCAAAGCAAGGACAAAGAGGGGCAGACUGUUCAGGAGGAAGCUGAAAAAGAGAGCCCAGCCGUGGACAGCCGUGAUGGAGUCCACGAGGACCCUCUGGACAAUGCGGUUCAAGGUAGUGAAGCAGAGCGGAAAAGGCAACAAGGUGUUGUUGGUACUGAAGGUGAUGAAACAAGAAAGGAAACAAGUCUGGCGGAGGAGAAAUCUAGUGAUGUCAAGAAUCAAUCAUGUAGAGAAGAUGUGCAGCAGGUUCGACAAGAGAUGUGUCAGAAGAGUCAAGUGCCAAAAUCUGUAGCAAUCGAGAAAGAUGGUCUGGAGUCCAAACCCCCAGUUUCUGUACAUGAGGACACAGAUAUUGACGUGCAUGUUCAGAAGGAACUAUUUCCCGAAGUACCUGUAAAUACUGAAUAUUUUGAGGAGGAACAAAAGGUUAACGAGCUGAAAAAUGAAGUGGCUGAAUUGGAUAUUGUGCUCAUAAAUGAACAACUGAAAGAGCUGGAGAAUUUGCACACAGAACUGGAAACGUGGAAAGCAAAAUCUUUGUGCAUGAAUCAAGAGGCAUUCCCCAGUGCAACGGGAUCGAGCACAGCAGAGCUGCAAACCUCGGAGUCCGCGGUGCCCUGCUGGGACAAGCUGCUUCAGGAGCUAGACACUGUUAAGGCAGUGAAGCAACAGCAGUACUGUUUAGUUAAUGAGUACCAGAAAAAUCUUUCUGCUGCUCAGUCCUCAAUGAAAAAUUUGUCAGCAGAAAAAGAUAACAUAAAAACGGGUCCUAUGAACAACACAGUUCUCCUGGAGAAAAUUAAAACAUGUAUAGGGUCAUUACUCAGAGAAAGAGAGUUUUUGAACCAGCUGAAAACUCAGCAGGAAAAUUUAUCUCAGCAUUUAACAUACACGGAUAAAGUGUUAACAGAAAGCCAAAUGAGGCAACUGGAGCAAUGGUGGCAACACAUGGAACAAGCGGUGCAAAAGAAACAUGAUCAAAUUGUGGCAGAAAUCAAUGAGUUUAACUUGCUUAUGAGUAAAGCACAGGAUAUUCAGAGACAGAUACAAGAGCAGUAUUUACAAGGAGAGUUAAGUUCCUCAGCUGGAGGAAAAGCCAAAUACCCUGUACUUUGGACCACAGAGCUACAGGACAUUAAGCAUGGUCUUUUUCUAUUAAAAAGAAGGAUUGAACUGCAGAUGAAAAGAAUAUGGAGUGAUCAAGAAAAGACAGCUUUGGAAAAUUCCAUACAUGAUUUGCAGAGCAAAUUGCAAGCAUUAUCAGAGCAACAAACUCCUCAAGAGGAUGUUCAGCUCCCUAGUCCCGCUCUCAAGAAAAAUGAAAUAACAAGGAGGCUGAAAGAGAAUAUUUCAUGGGUCAAAGAUUCACUGUCCUCCCUUGAUCAGAAAGCAGCACUUUUCCCCAAUGAUGUUAAAUCACAGAUUAGAAAUUGUCAGCAGGUGAGGACAGAAGUCCUAGGCAGAGAGCUUGUGAUUGUAUCACUGGAUGACGAGCUUCGGCGCAUUGGUCCUGACUUAAAGCCAGAGGAGAUCACUGAUAUGACCUUCCUUCUACAAGCAUUGCAGAAUUCAUACAAGGCUCUUGUUUCAAAAUCAGCUCAAAGAUUACAGCAGUUGGAGCUCCAGCUGGAGGAGAGGCAAAAGCUUAUUGCAGAAGUAGAAAAAGUUCACAGUCAGCUGCAAAAUGCUGAGACACUUGCCAGGCCUGAUGUGAACCAAACUAGCACGUGGUCAGAAUUAAGCCAUCAGCAAGCCAUUUUAAAGGAAGUUUUAAAGGAAACACAGGAAAUAGAAGAGCUGGUUUCAUCCCAUUGUGAAGAGAGCCAGGCUACAGCUGGGGAACUGAGCUUAUCUGAACAAUUAUUUCUGAGUGACCAGUUAAAAAGUUUAAAGACUAGAGCAAGGAAAACACAGAGACAAAUUCAAAAUAAAUGUCAUGAAGUGGAAAAAAAGAUAGCUGUUUACAGAGAAUCUUCUGAAAGAAUAACUUCAUUGCAGCAAGAUCUUAAUGAUCUACAGUGUGAUGAAAUGAACCUGGAAUUAUUAGGUGUCAAGCAGGAAUCUAAGGAAAAAUACAAAGCGCUUGAAGAAAAAAUAUUAGCUUUUCAGUCUAAUUUGUCACAAAUAAUGAAGUAUAAAGAAAUAUUUGAAUGCAUAGGUCUAAAUUGGGACUCACUACAGCUUAAUGAAUUGCAAACUCAGUUUUUUAAAAUUAAAAACAAAAUUGAAGAGAAGAGAGUGCACUUCGAUGAUGUUGUUAGGGAAUGUGAUAAGCUUCAAGCAUUGGUAAAUGAAAUCCAGACUAUGACAUCUAAUACAAGAAGAGAAACUAACGUACUAAAUGAUAGCUCUAGUUCUUCUCCUGCUGAGAAGCUUAUAUGUGCACAGAUUCUGCUUCAGACAAUUCAACAAAUUAUGAACUUAACCCAGAAAGCAGCAAAUCAAAUAAACAAAAAUGAAAUAUUUGAUACAGCAUUCAAAGAAUCUAAGAUGCAAGAAAUAAAGAGCCUGGAAAAAAAUAUUGAAGGACUGAAUGAAUUUCUCCAAAACAUGGUCUCUGGUCUCCAGUGUGUUAACAAGGAAGAUAUCCAGAGUGAAGUAGAACAUAUAUUCCACACAAUAAAGCAUAUUCAAUUAGAGGUCCAGAAACCACUUCUAGUAGACAUGAAGAUGAUACAGUAUGAAAAGAUGCGAUGGGAAGCAAUCCAAACUAUGAUUCCAGCAGUGUUUUCUGCUAUUAAAUGUAUAAUGGAAAAAGAGAGGAAAAAUCAAGAAGAAAAAUCUCUUGCUGCUAGUAUAGAAACAAAAUUAGAGACACUGCAAGAUCAUGAAAUGCAACUGAAGACAGAUAUUGCAGCCCGUGUUAGUGCGCUGAGUGAGGCCCAUAAGACCGGUGAGCUUUAUACCAAAGCUGUUCAGAGAGCUGUCGAACUCCUCAGCAACUAUGAAGCUAGAAUUUCCUUUGCCAUGGCAGAGCCUGGUGGUUUAGGAGAGGCCCAUCAAAUCCCACGAUGGAGACAAGAGUUUGACUCUGCAAAGGCUGACAUAGAAAACUUGUACUCCAAGCUGAAAAACCUACUGAAACCAGAAGAUAAAAUGCAUCUGGAAAAAACUUUAAGAGAACUAGUCAAUAGAAGUUUGGCAAUAAAAGAGAAGACUCGAAGAAAGGAAGAUGAUGAGCAGAGGUAUUUUGAGAAACACAAAAGCUACACAGAAACCAAAGAAAAGGUGUGUGAAGAUCUUAAAAAACUGGAAACGGUGCUUACGCAGUCUUUGUCCCAAAUCCCUGUGUCUUACAAGGAAGCUUUGGAACGUUUAGAAGAAAGCAAGAUUUUAGUCUCCAGCAUUGACUCAGCUGAAGAUGAUCUUGUGAAGCUGAGGCAGGUCUCAAGAGAGUUGACCAGAUUAUGCAAGGGAACUGACUGGGCACUGGGCAGAAUUGUAACAACCUUGUGGGAAAAGUGGCUAGGUUUACUUGAGGCAGCUAAAGAGCUGGAGAUUAACUGUGAAGAACUAAAGCAGGAAUGGAAAUUCAUCAAUGAAGAGCUGGAACGAGAAACGAUAAUUCUUGAUAAGCUCCAGGAAGAACAGCCAGAAAGUCUUAAAGAGAAAGAAAAAGCCAGCAGAGAAGAACUAGUAGAAUUGCUAGAUUCUGUGAACUCAUUUGAAGAGAACAUCAACCGGCAGCAGCUCCUCUUACUCUUACUUCUUCACCGAAUAAGAAACAUCCUGAAUAUGCCUGAAAAUACUAAGGUAGAAGCUGCCCUUCCCACCUUGUGUGAGAUAAAAACAAUGCAAGACCGCUGUAAAAAGUUGUGUGAAAAGGCUCAGGACCAUAAGGAGUCUGUACAAUCUGAGAUUCAACAGAGGGACAAGAUCAAUGAAGAAAUAAAUGCUGUGAAAAAUUCGUUACAGAACGCUGCAUAUUUGUUAUCACAAGAUACUACUGAAAAGGCAGGACGACUGGAGGAGGUUCAGAGUCUGAUUGGCAAAGAAAGUCAAAGUCUUCAGGAUAUUAUGGAGAAACUCCGGAUCAAGUAUUCCGAAAUAUAUACAAUAGUUCCUGCAGAGAUAGAAAUACGGCUGGAGGACUGCAAGAAAAUAUUACAAGACCUAGAAGACAAGAUCAGCACUGAAAUCUUGCAGAGCUCUCCUCAGUACGUGCUGAAAAGAAAAGCAGAGACUAUUAACAAUGGCCUUCAAGCUAUUGAAAAGAUGUUACAACAGAAGAGUAAAAACAUUGCAAAAGCCAGAGAAAUCCAGAAGCAAGUCUGGGAUAUGCUGGACCUUUGGCAUUACAAACUCAACGAGCUGGACGCAGAAGUGCAGGAUAUAGUCGAACAGGAUUCCUGCCACGCACAGGAGUUGAUGGACAUCUUAGUGACCCCCUUGCAGCAGUACCAACAGGUCUCACAACUUGCGGAGUCCAAAACUGCUGUUUUAAACAAGGCUGCCAACAAGAUGGAGGAGUAUGAUGAGCUCUUGAAGAAUAUGGAAAUUUGGAUAGAAAAUGCCAAUUGCUUGCUAAGAAUAGAUGCUCAAAACGACUCUGCAAAAAGCCUAAGCAACCAUGCUGAUGCCCUUCAAAUCGCUUUGGAAGACUCAGAACAAAAGCAAAAUCUUCUACACAACAUUUACUCAGAACUCGAAGAGCUAACACCAGUCUUUGAAACAGACAGUGUAAUGCAACAGCUAAAUGAAGUAAAUGGUCACCUAACAGCUCUACAACAUGAGAUAGUAGAAGUUCUUCCACAGAUCCAGCAUGUGGCUGAUGAAUUGGAUGCUGUUGAAUCUGAUGUAAAAGUGUUUGAGAAGGAUAUUGCUAAAAUGAAGACAAUCUUGUCAUCAGAAGAUCUGUUAGAAUUUUCUCCUAAAGACCAUCUUAAACAGAGACAGGUUAUACUUGACCACCUUGGCCCCAUGCAGAAGACCAUUGCUCAUAUACAGUCCUAUGAGGAAACACUUCAGCUGCCGGGGAUGAAAAUACAACCUUUUCCAGUCUUCCAAAGGGCAAGACAACUUUUGAGAGAAUUGAAAAAAUUAGAAAAAAUUACUAAGGAACAGAAUAAGCUACUGGAGGAAGCUGUAAAGAAAACAGAAGAAUGCGAGCAAGAAAUUGAAAAGUUGAAACAAUUCUUAAAGAACCACCUAGUUGAAAUGUCAUGCGAGAACCAGCCCCUGGCUCAGAAUACUUCUUAUCCUGAGGGAGAAAUGGAAGCUGUAAAAGAAGAAAUCAUCAAGCUGUGCCAAAAAAAGGAAGAUAUCCUUACUGGGAUAAAGAAUUCAAUGUCUGAGCUUCACCAGCACUUACAGGAAGAAGUGCCUGAACCAGAAGAUGAACCCAUAGCCUCUGUAUUAGCAGAAAGUAGCUUGAUUGGGACUGAUGUGCCUGAGCCGCAGUUGAGAAAGAGAGGAAUGAUGUCUCUUCUGCCGUGCGUAGAUGAAGAGUCAGAAGAUAGUUCUUUCCACAGUAAGGGAAGUACGGCCACAGAGACAGACGGGAGCUGCUGGCCUGUGGGAAGAGACGAUGAAAGGCACAGGGAAGACAGUGCAACGUCCUGGUCUUCUGGCACCCUGUCGGAUGGCAUUGCUCAGGAUGCAGAUGAGAUAAUGGAACCAUGCAGUAAACGUCGUGAGGAAACAUCUUCACCAACUCUGCAGUACACUGACAGCACUGGCGCAGCCCUUGGCAGUCAGACUAUGAGCGACACGCCGCCUCCCGCCCCGAACGCCGCCCGGGGCUCUCGAGGGCGAGCGGGGGACCCACCAGAGGCCUCGUUGGAUGGCAGCGGCUCUGAGCCUGGAGCGGUCCUCCAGGUGUGCCAGGCCCAGGUGGCUGAGCUGGAGCGAUGGCUCGACCAAACUAGAGUGUCCCUGGGGUCAGACCCUCAGAGCCCCAAAAUGCAGCAGAUGGUGGAGCAGCAGCUCGCCGGUUGCCAGGUGAUGUUAUCAGAGAUUGAACAAAAGGUCCUUUCUCUACUGGAAGAUUGUGGAGAUAGCACAGGCCACCAGCAAGAGACAGAAGCUCUUUCCUUGAAGCUGAAGGAAGUAAAAUGCAAUUUGGAAAAAGUCCAGACGAUGCUUCAGGACAAAUACAAUGAAGAGCAGAUUCAAAACCGGCAGCAGGUCGACUCGAAGGCCCUCAUGCUUGUGCACCCCGACAACGCCAGUGUCGUUCCUGGCACAGAGCCACCCAUGCAGCACAACGGUGCCCACCAGCACCCGCAGGAUUUGAAAGUCAAACCAGCCGAGCAAAAAAGCCUCAUAGACUUCAUUGAGUCCUGUGUGGAAAAAAUGCAGCCACAGCUUGAUGAGAGUGUGACUAAGAACUUAGAACCAAGCAAUGGAGAAUCUGAUCCAAGGAGCAAGCUGGCUGAUCCCACUUCAGCUCCAAAAGACCAAAAGGGUAAUAAAUGGCAGUAUUUACAACAAGAGCUGUCGUCAAAGAUGAAGUCUCCUCUCUGCCAGCUUGUGGAACCUCAGAUUACAACAAAGAUGAACAUGCUGCCCCGGGGCACGUUCACUAGUGCAGGGACCCCAACAGUGGAAGAACUGAAAACUUACACUGUCCAGCUGGGAGACAUAAGUCAAGAAGCAAAUGUGGUGCACGCGCAGGAAAAUGUGGCAGGGGAAGUCUCUUCCAAUUUGGACAGAAAACUGUUUGAGCUGCUUCUGGCAAUCAGCCGGUGUUUGAAUAACAUGGAGGAGAUGCUGAACACCUCGGUCCUCUCCACCGAAGAGGCAGCUGUGCAGCAGGCUCUUUACGAGACUCUCUCUAUUGAGCUGCAAAAACUUCACGCUGAUCUGAGUGAUAAAAAGGAUGAUCUCUUAAAGUCUAUUACCUGCGCUGGUGGGAGCACAGAUGUGUUCUGCGAGUGCUUUAACAACUUGCAGGCACGGCUGGAACAAACUCAAGCUGCCACUGCUUCAAGGAGCAAUUCAAUGAAAGCUGGGCUGGAUCAUAAUAGCAAUUAUCAGAAUGAAACCAGGCUGCUCUAUGAUCAAUUAACUGAGAAAAAAGCUACUUUGCAACAAUACUUGAAUGUAAUAUGUGGACAUAAUGUUUCUGAGCAGCUACAGAAAAUUGAUGCCUGUGCUUUGGAGCUGCAAAACCUUGAAACCCAAGUAGCAAAACUGAGAGGUUAUGGGGAAAGAUUUCAGUUACCUGUCACCUUAAUCCAGGAAGUUUACAAGUUAGAGGAUGUUUUGGAUGACAUGUGGGGGAUUCUGAGAAUGAAGUACAUGGAGCUGAACUCUCCUUCCAUCAGUGAGAACCAGUAUGAGAACUUACUUCGCGGGUUUGCAGAGCUAGUUGCUAUUGGACAAGAGAAGAUUGCACAAGAUCCGAAGCAGCUAACAAAAAGCAGAGCAGCUUUACAGUCUCACCUGGAAAAUCACAAGGGCUUUUUCCACAAGCUCAUGACCCACAUGGCUUUUAUGCAAGUGUUUUCCAAAAAAGUGGCUCCCUCCAUCCUGCAGAAAAGAGAGAAAUUCUGGAGAGAGCUGGUGAAUGAAGUCAGAUUGCUGGAGCAGAAGGCCUGCCAGUAUGGUAUACACUUAGAGAGCUUGUUGGAGGAAUGGACAGGAUUUGAUGAUGAAUGCAUAGCUUUCAAUAAAGAGUUAGAGGCACUUGCCUCUACAUUGCCUUCUGUGAAUUUGGUUGAAGAAACAGAAGAAAGAUUGAUGGAAAGGAUUGCACUUCUCCAGCAAAUCAAAAGCAAUGUUGAUGAAAAGCAUGCCAGGCUGUACCAGAUGGUGAAAGAAGGGAAGAAAUUGCUGACUGCUGUGAGCUGUCCAGAAAUAACAAACCAGAUUGGGAAGCUGGAAGAACAGUGGUUGUCCUUAACCAAAAAAGUUGGCCAUGAACUACACAGACUUCAAACGUUACUCAAACUCUUGGUGAGCUACAACAGAGACUCGGAGGAAUUAAUGAAAUGGCUGGAUUCUGCUCAGCAGAGAAUGAAUUUUUGGAAGGAGCAGUCUCUCAAUGUGUCACAAGAUCUUCCCACUGUCAGGGAUAACAUCAACAACUUGUUUGUAUUCUCUAAGGAAGUUGAUGAAAAGUCUUCCCUGAAGUCAUCUGUGGUAAGCACUGCCAACCAGUUGUUUCAUGUGAAGCAAGCUGAUACUGCAGCACUUAGGUCAUCACUGGCAAAGUUUGAGCAAAAAUGGGGAGAACUGAUAACACAGCUCCCAGCCAUCCAAGAAAAGCUUCACCAGCUUCAGAUGGAAAAACUGUCAUCACGGGAAGCCAUUGGUGAACUAAUGACCUGGCUGGACCUUGUGGAACAACAUCAGGGACGUGAAGACCCUAUAAAUACCCAAAGCAGCGCUGCUCAAGUCAGGAACCUCCUUCAGAAGUACAAGGAAUACAUGAUGGAAAUGAACUUUAAACAGUGGAUGGUUGAUUUUGUUAACCAGUCACUCUUGCAGAUGAGCACUUGUGAUGUGGAAAGCAAGCGGUAUGAAAGGACAGAAUUUGCCGAGUGCCUUGGGGAGAUGAACCUGCAGUGGCACAGGCUGCAGGCGUCCCUGAACAGAAAGAUACAAGAUCUGGAACACAUUUUGGAAGAUAUUACUGAAAAUGAGAACAAAGCACAGACUCUAGGCAAGUGGCUGGAAGCACAGAGUGAUCGACUGAGAUCUUUACAAACCCCAGCAAGUCUGAUCUCUGCACAAAACACGCUAGACGAUUGCAAGGAGCUGGAAAAUCAACUUGCAGCUAAAUCCAAAACUCUUGAUGAGCUCAAACAGAAUGCGGCUUUGAAGGACAGUCCGGAACAAACCCCAGGAGCUGCAUCGCUCAGGACAGCUGAGCUGUGUGAAAUGAGGGAUCGUGCUGUCAGCCAGGUUGCACAGUUAAGGACCUCCAUGCAGGCAAUACUGGAGCAGUGGAGACUGUAUGAUGAAGCUUAUGGAGAAGUCAGUCUGAUGAUGACAAGAUAUUCGUACUGCAUAGACCAGUGCAAACCUUCUGUGCUGUCAUUAGAAGCUUUGAAAAAACAGGUCAAAACUCUCCAGUCUCUUCAAGAUGAAUCAGAGAACAGUGAAGAAAGUUGGGCCAAGCUCCAGGCUGCUGCCAGUGGUCUGAAGAAGAACUGCUCCCCCUCCUUUGCAGAGAUUAUCCAACAGAAGUGCAACAAGGCACACACCAGGUGGAGCUCAGUAAAUGAAGACAUCACCGAUCAGCUGCGGACGGCGCAAGCUGUCCUGCAGCUCUGGGAGCCCUAUGACACUUUAUGCACUGAGGCAGCAGCCAAGUUAGAACAACACGAGGAGCAGUGCACGCAGCUCUUGGAUGCUCAAAUGCCUCAGGAUAACAUGAUAGAAACCCUGAAGCAGAGGAUUCAAGAUGUAAAGAAUUUACAGCAUGGCCUUCAAGCCAUAGAGGGCUGCCGUUCCCAGAUUUCUGAGCUGGUGGACCAGAUAAAAGAGCAGGCUGGGACUGCCACACAAGCCGUUCUUCUGCAGAAGCUGCAACCGCUCCAGAGAGCAUCCUAUUUAGAAAAGAUGUUGCAGCGGAAAUUGGAUGAAUUCGAGUUCAAUCUUUUACAACUGGAGGAUUUCAAGAACUGUCUCGAAACGCUGGAGGGUCACGUCAAGAAUUGUGCAGAUGCCUUAGAUAACCUAUCUCUAGAGGGAGAAACAGACAACGCAGAGUUGCUCAUGAAUUGUACGCUAGAGCUUGCUGCCCUAUCUCCAAGCAUAGAAAGUUUGAAUGAAGCGAGUAUUAAGCUGCCCCUCAGUGACUUCACCCUAAAGAAAAUGCAGAGCCUGACACGGCAGUGGAGUCAGAAAACAGCAACAGCUCUGGAGCGCUGCAGUGAGCUUGAAGGAACUCAAACUGAUGAAAAGAAGUUUUUUCAGAAGUGUGAAAACUGGAUGAAAUUCCUAGAAAAAAUGAAAGAGGCCUUAAAAGCAGAUAUUCCAGGCCAGUUUGAAGAAUUGCAGGAACAACAGAGGGUAUAUGAGGUGUUGCAAACUGAGAUUUCUAUAAAUCAGCAGACAUUUAACUCCAUCAUAGGAAAAGUUCUACUCUUCUUGGAAUCUGGAGAAGCAGAAAAAAGAACAGAGUUUAUUUCCAAGCUCACAUUGUUGAAAGAGCAGUGGCAGAACGUUAUCCGGAUGAUUCAGCAGAGGAAGAAAGAUAUUGACGGGCUCGUGAGCCAGUGGCAGCUCUUCAGGAGUUCCCUGCGGAGUCUCAGCAGAUUUCUUGCUGAUACGAACAACUUCCUCGUGGCUGUGAAGAGCCAGGACUGCUGUAGCCUUUACCAGCUUAGAAGUCUAAUUCAUGAUUUUAAGAGUAAGGCAGUAAUCCUUCAGAGGUGGCAAGCCAUGUACUCCUUAGUGAUUGACGUCGGAGAGAAGCUGCACACGGUCUCUGACCCUGAGACGAGCGCGAGUCUCCAGGAGGAGCUCGGCCAGCUGCAGCAGAGCUGGAGCAACACCCAGCUCCAGCUGGAGGCCACCAGGACGGGACUCGGUGGCACAGCUCAGCGUUGGGACUGCUGUGAAAAGCAAACCAAGGAAUUGGAAAGUAGGCUGCGAGAACUGAAGGAGAAAGUGAAAGAUCCACUUCCAGCUGAACAUGACGAACUCUACAAAGUCAAGGAAGACAUUAAGGAGCUGGAGCAGUCGCUGGCGGACUGGGCCCACAGCAUGAAGGAGCUGCGGGCCAUGAAGGUGGAGCUGGCGCACUGCAUCCUCUCCGAGGACAUGCUGGUGCUCAAGGAGCAGGUCGAGCAUUUGCACCAGCAGUGGGAAGAGCUCUGCUUGCGGGUAUCCCUCCGUAAGCAGGAGAUAGAGGACAGACUGAACGCCUGGAUUCUGUUCAAUGAGAAGAAUAAGGAGCUGUGCUCGUGGCUGGUGCAGAUGGAAAGCAAAGUGCUGCAGACUGCAGAUGUUAGCAUUGAAGACAUGAUAGACAAAUUGCAGAAGGACUGCAUGGAAGAAAUAAACCUGUUCAGUGAAAAUAAGCUUCACUUGAAACAAAUGGGUGACCAGCUCAUCAAGGCUAGCAACAAGAGCCGAGUUGCAGAAAUAGAUGACAAACUCAACAAAAUCAAUGAUCGCUGGCAGCAUCUCUUUGAUGUCAUUGGAGCACGGGUGAAGAAACUGAAGGAAACUUUUGCUUUUAUACAACUGUUGGACAAAAACAUGAGUAACCUUCGCACCUGGCUGGCCCGCAUUGAGUCUGAGCUCUCCAAGCCUGUUGUUUACGACAUAUGUGAUGAUCAAGAAAUCCAGAAAAGACUGGCAGAGCAGCAGGAUCUACAACGAGACAUAGAACAACACACUGCUGGGGUGGAAUCCGUAUUUAAUAUUUGUGAAGUCCUGCUGCAUGAUUCAGAUGCGUGUGCUAAUGAGACAGAGUGUGACUCCAUCCAGCAGACUACCAGGAGUUUGGACAGACGGUGGAGAAACAUUUGUGCCAUGUCUAUGGAGAGACGAAUGAAAAUUGAGGAAACCUGGCGCCUGUGGCAGAGGUUUUUGGAUGACUACUCACGCUUUGAAGAUUGGCUGAAAUCCGCUGAAAGGACGGCAGCUAACCCUCAUUCUUCGGAGGUUCUGUACACGCGUGCAAAGGAGGAGCUGAAGAAAUUUGAGGCUUUCCAACGGCAAAUCCACGAACGACUCACUCAGUUGGAGCUGAUCAAUAAGCAAUAUAGACGCCUCGCACGAGAGAACCGGACCGACUCAGCCAGUAAGCUGAAACAGAUGGUACAUGAGGGCAACCAGCGCUGGGAUAACCUUCAGAAACGAGUCGCUGCCAUUCUGAGGAGACUCAAGCACUUCACCAAUCGGAGAGAUGAGUUUGAGGGUACGAGGGAGAGCAUCCUUGUGUGGCUCACAGAAAUGGACCUCCAGCUGACGAAUGUGGAGCACUUCUCAAAAAGUAACUUUGAUGACAAAAUGCGCCAGUUAAAUGGUUUCCAGCAAGAAAUAACGUUAAACACCAAUAAGAUUGAUCAGCUAAUUGUUUUUGGGGAGCAGCUGAUUCAGAAGAGUGAGCCCUUGGAUGCUAUCCUGAUUGAAGAUGAAUUGGAAGAGCUACAUAGAUACUGUCAGGAAGUGUUUGGGCGAGUUGCCCGGUUCCAUCGAAGACUGACUUCAAGGCAUACUGGACUGGAUGAUGAAAAAGAGACUUCUGAAAAUGAGACAGAUCCAGAAGACUCCAGAGAAAUCCAGAAUGAUCCCUGGCAUAAGAAGGCCAUCAGUGAGGUGCCAUCUUCCCCACAGUCCCUCUGUCACCUUGUGCCGCCUAGUCAAGGUCAUGAAAGAUCAGGCUGUGAGACCCCUGUCAGUGUCGACUCCAUCCCACUCGAAUGGGAUCACACAGGUGAUGUGGGGGGCUCUUCCUCUCAUGAGGACGAAGAAGAAGGAACAUACUACAGUGCUUUGUCAGAUGUAGAAAUCACUGAAAAUCCCGAGGCAUAUCUUAAAAUGACCACAAAAACUUUGAAAGCAUCUUCUGGAAAAUCUGUUGCAGAAGCUCAUUCCUGGCAUUCUCCAGAUAGCCCAGUCUGCAGGAAACACCGAUACAGCCAGGCAGAGAAGGUUGGAAACGUGCUGUCUGGGCCAGAGACAAGUACCCCCUAUAAGCCAGGCUAUGUGAAUCAGCUCAGGCCUACAAGCAGCGGCAGCAUCAGCAAUGAGCAAAUUACGUCCGCUAACGUGAGUGAUGAAGAACCCCAAGAUGAGCAGGAGCUUGUGAAUAUAGCAGCUGCAGAAAAGCAGUCAGGCAUUAUUGAUAGAUGGGAGCUCAUCCAAGCUCAAGACCUCAGAAAUAAACUCAGGAUGAAACAGAACUUGCAGCAGUGGCAGCAGCUGAACUCGGAUCUCAACGACAUCUCUGUUUGGCUGGAUAAAACUGAGGAAGAGCUGGAAGAGCUGCAAAAAGCGAAGCCUCCCACCAGCAUGCAGAUGAUGGAGCAAAUGGUCAAGAAACUGAAAGACCUGCUUAAAGCAUUUGAUAACUACAAGGCUGUGGUGCUUUCAAUUAACCUGAGUAACAAAGUCUUCCAGCAAGCAGACAGCACGGAGUCCAAAGAGCUUCAGAACAGGCUUCGGCAGGUGAACUUGCGCUGGGAGAAAGUAACUCACGCAUUGGACAGCUGGAGGAAAGGUUUGCAGCAAGCCCUACUGCAUUGCCAGGACUUCCAUGAGCAGAGCCAAAAGCUACUCCUAUGGUUAGCAAGUGCUGAAAGCCGAAGGAAUGAAGUGCAAAUCACAGAUCCAAAUGCUGACCCCCAUACAAUACUGGAAUGCCAAAAGGAGCUAAUGCAACUGGAGAAAGAGCUACUGGAACAGCAGCUUAAAGUAAACUCACUCCAAGAACUCUCCACUUACCUGCUGCUUAAAUUAGAUGGUGAAGAUUACAUUGAAGCUGAUGAGAAGGUCCAUGUUAUUGGAAAGAAACUGAAACAGCUUAUUGAGCAAGUUUCGCAUGACUUGAAAACAAUACAAGGAAAUCUGGAUACCAGAGCAUUCCUGCCAGUUCCAGAUGACCUGGACUCAGGAGCCUAUCCUCCAGUGGCAGUGAAAUCCAGCCCUCCUGUGAAGAAGGCCACUGUACAGAGAACUGUAGCUGGCAAAAGCAACAGCAGUACCAGAGGUGAAAGCCAUCCAUCUACUACUACUCAAGCAGUUCCUCGGUCCCCCUCCUUCUUCUACCGUGUAUUACGAGCAGCUUUACCCCUUCAAUUGUUUUUUCUACUGCUUUUGCUUCUGGCUUGCAUGAUUCCAUCUUCUGAGGAAGACUACAGCUGCACGCAGGCAAACAACUUUGCCCGAUCUUUCUAUCCCAUGCUGAGAUAUACCAAUGGUCCUCCACCAACUUAAAAAGCAGCCUGUGAAUCUUCAGCUAUACCAAAAUACACUCUCUGCGGUGCUUACUUUCAUGCUGCUAGCAUCAAUCAAAUGGUGAUUAAAUACAAAAACUUGUCUACUGUAUUAGUUCCCCAAACCAGCCACUACAGCACCUGCGCGUCCUACGCACCAAUGCCCAACUCUGCUGCAGCUAAAUAAUGCCUCACUUUCAUAGCCUCCCUUCCCUGUCACAGGGACUGUGUUAAAUUUCACAUCCCAAAAUGUAUAUCUUGACAAAAUUUCAACUUUUUUGUACAGAAAACAAACUUUUUCUAUAGAUUUUUAAGCUAUAAGCAAGACAGUUUAUACUUUGAUGCAAUAGAUACAUUUUUUUAUAGCUACGGUGGUCUUAAGCUUAUGAGCUCAUCAAAUACAAGUCAAAAAAACUACUGAAUGAUUAGAUGCAGAAGCUACAUAACAGUAAUGUUGCACACAGCAAUCUGUCAUGGGUUAGCAGGAUAAACAUGCAGUUGAAAAGGCACUUUGCCUACAAUGACAAUUGCACGCUGUUCACAUUAUCACUAUCUUUUGAUAUUGGUAGAAACAAAAAUUUACAUUUUUUUGAAUCUUUGUUACUGUAUUUUAUUCAUCUAACACAUUCAAUAAAUGGAUGCACAUUUGUUUUACAUGCAGUGUUCUAGUGGUUAGGACUGCUGUGUUGUUUUUUUAUACCACCUUUGAAAUAAGAAAUUGUUUAAUUGCAUGGAAGUGGUUUAUAAUGCACAUAUUUUCUAGAUGAAACCAAUCAUGUAGACUAUCCCUGAUGUAUACAAAUAAUGUAUUGACUUUUUUAAUGGAAGAUUUUUUCAGUUUUUAACCUGCUGAACAGUGUACAGUAUCUUGGGAGAGAAUUGUGCAUUUUUAUACACUAACUGUAAGAUUCUUGGUCUUUGAAAUGAAACUAACACUUUAGGCAAUGGCUAGAGAAAACACUGUGUACAGUCAGUUUUGACAUUGCUUCUUGGUUGUACAGUUUGAGUAUUUCUCAUUAAAAUUCUGCCAAUGUCUGCAA